ACCUGGCGCUUAAGGGACGCGCCUGGCUGGGGUUAUUUCCGAACGCCGAAGUCAAAGCAGCCUCGCGCGCACUCGGUCGGCGGGAGCAUGAGAAGCGCUAGCAGUCCCCGCGCGGGCUCUGCCUGCUCCAGGCUCAUCGACGUGACCAGCAACGCACCGUUGCUGCGCUCGCCCGCCAGCGUUUCAGCCUCUUCGGAAGCGGAGCAGAGAACUCAUAAUUAUUUGCUACUGGAUGUUCCUGACACUCGAGAGCAGCUAGUCCAUUAUCGGAACGCAGCAGAAACAGCCAGCAGUGAGCUUGCCGCACUCCUAGUGAAGUACGAAUGUGCCCAAGCAGAGAUUCUAGAACUUAAAUCCAGAACAGCCUCGCAGGAAGUAGCUAUACAAGAAUUCAAAGCCGAAAUUGGGGGCUAUAGGGAGAAUGAUGCUCGCCAGUCUUCUCUCCUUUCUUCCAUGCAACACAAAUUCCAAGAACUUGAGAAGGAAUCAGGCACAAUUGCCGUUUCCAAACAUCAGGCAGAGCUAAAAUCACAGGCUAUUCUCCAGGAGAACUUGGAGCUAAAGGAGAAAAUCCAUGAACAAGAAGAGCAGAUCAGAAAAUAUUUGAAUAAAUCUGAAGAAAGCAAAUCCUAUGCAUCUAAGAUCAGCAGAGAACAAAAUGAACUCAUUGCACAACUUUGUCAUCUUCUGGAGGUGGACAUAAGAGGAAACGAAGAAUCACCAGAACGUCUGCUCUCCAAGAUCCGCGGAAUGCGUAAAGAAAACGACACGCUAAAAGAACAAAUAGAUACCUUCAGAGAGACCGUAACAAUUCAUGAGAUGGAACUGAAAGCCAACAGAGAAACCAUCAUGAGGCUUGUCUCAGAAGUGAACAAGGAGCAAAAAAAAGCAGCAGCUUGCUCUCAAGACAUGGAAAAGCUAAGUGAUGACCUAAGCAACAUUGCAGGAGCUAAGCAGAAUCUUGAGGAGGAGAUCAGAAGCCUCCAAGACAGACUGGCAGCCAGCCAACGGGCUUGGGAAGAAUUGAGCCAACUAAAGGUCCAUUGCAAGGAAAAAGAAUCGGAACUGAGAACUUGUCUAGAGCAGGCCAGGGAACAAAAAAAGCUGCACAAUGAAUUCAAAGACAAAAUGGGGACUUUACUAGGAUGUAAUCCCAUGGUGGCGACUCCAUCCAAGGAAGACAUUGUGGAAAAAAUCCGAGAGUUGUGCCACAGAGAGGAGAACAAAAAAAGAAUGGUAUCCCAGCUUGAAGCCCAAAUAAGCAAACUUACUGAGACGCUGGAGACUCAGACAAUGUUGCACCAGGAGGUGUUGCAAAGAGCCAAAAAAUCAGAAAAUAAAUCAGAAAUGCUUCAUGAUCAGUUGAUGCGUCUAGAAGGAGAGGUGGUGUCUGGAGAUGUGAUGCGAGAUGCUUGGAAACAUGAGAAACAACAAUAUCUUAAGUUUCUGGAUCUGCUCUCUGAAAAGAUGAACCUGGACAGCAUAGCAGUGGAGAUUGGAUUUGACAUGAGGUUGGACGCAGUGCUGGCUCGUGCAGAGCAGUUGAUUAAGCUGGAAAAAGGCACAUUGACUGACAAUAAGAUCAUGGUCCGAAACCUGCAGAGGAAGGUAAAAGCUCAGAAAGAGCAACUUGAGAACAAAGAACUGCAUGUGAAACUUUUGCGUCAGAAGAUCGUCCAGCUGGAAGAAGAGAAGCAAAUGCGCACAGCCCUGGCCGUAGAAAGGGAUGAGGCCAAUCUCACACUCAGAAAGUUACAAAAGAAAACAGACAGAUUGCAGAACGAACUUUCUUUGGCGAGAGAAACAAACACAGAUCUGAAAGUUAAGCUUGCUGACACGAAUGAACUGAAGAUCAAAGCACUGGAGCAAGACAAAACCAUAGAAGAACUAAGCAAAUCCCAAGAGAAACUGGAAAAGAUGAAGACCAAAGCUGAGAAGCAAUUAACCUCUGUCAAGUGUGAGUUACAUGUUACAGAACGUGCAGCAAAGGAAGAUAAAGAAAAGGCUAAACACUUGCUGGAGUCUGUGAGUACAGAAGCAAUAGCACUUAAAUCAACUCUUGAAGAAGUCAUGAAAAGAGAGAAACAGCUGGCAGAUUUCCGAACAGUCAUCUCUCGCCUGUUGGGUCUCAAUAUCGCCACUGUGGCUCUUCCUGACUAUGAAAUAGUAACUCGUCUUGAGGGGUUGAUCCAUUCUCAUCAGCAUCAUUGCUCUUCCUGUGCCUGCUUCAAAUGUCAGUGAGAGAAGAUGGACUCUCACAACGUCUCCAUUGGGUGCCUCCAUUUUUUUUCUACAAAUAAUAGUUAAAACAGUGGAAGUCCAGUAGGAUGUUCCAAAAGUUAACAUUUUGUUAGAGUUAAAAUAUUGCCUACUCUGAGGAAAAAGAACAUUAAGAAGUACCAAUGAAGUAUCUUAAUAAACAAUAUAUAUAGAAUUGGGUGAACAGCUUAUGCUCUCAGCAUCAAAAAUGAAACAAAAUUCUCAUCAUCAUCAUAAUCAUUCUACAGACUAUCCUGAGGAUGGAUGGGCAAAAAAAAAAAGGAAAAUCUCCUGUGAACAGAUCUUUCCCGAUGCAACAGAUCCUCCUAGGAUACAAGCUUACGGUAGUGGCCAAAAUUUGGAAACCUU